GAAGAUAUGUGCAAUUCGAUACAUAAUACAAGAACGGACAUGUUAUCUGGGUUAAACACGAACACAGAGACAUUCAAAAAAGUCGAUCGAUAAAAUAUAUCGGCGAGCGGAGGCGACAUAUUUCAAACAAACGUUUGGAUUAGCAGACAGAAACUGUAUGAUAACCUCUUCAAGUGAAUAUCAGCUGACGUUCCCAAAGUGCGUCACCAAACCAAAGCGGAGUCGUAGGGGAUUCCCCGGAAGUUUACGUAAAUGCGCAUAAGGCCUCUACAGUAUUAUAAUAGUUAUUCUUGGAAAGCAGUGUUUAUGCAAUGAAUAGAAAUCAUAACCAGUAGAAGAUAUACUACAGUGAGGUUUGCAGGUAGAUUUUCUUUCUAGUCUCCUUUCCUUCACAGUGAACUCAGCAAAAUGUCGCUGCUUCUGGGUACACGAGUUGUCCGCGGUCCUGACUGGAAAGGUAAAGACCAAGAUGGCGGCAAAGGUCACGUCGGGACGGUGACCCACAUAUUUGAGAGCAGGGUCACGGUCAUCUGGGAUUCCGGAAGAGAAUUUAACUACAUUGCAGGGGCAAAGGGAAUAUUUGAGCUAAAAAUCUUCAACAGUGGACCAACAGGCAUAUUUCACAGUGACACUGGGUGUGAAGCCUGUUCGGAAAGCCCUAUUAUUGGAAUUCGAUGGAAGUGUGCCAGCUGUGACGACUUGGACCUCUGCACGCGCUGUUACAUGACGAAAGAACACGACAUUUCUCACGAGUUCUUACGUCGCCUGUCGGAAACUUCUCCGGUAACUCUGGUGCCACCAAGAUCAGGAAGUAAACGCAUACAGUCCGAAGGUCUGUUCGUAGAAGCGGAAGUGAUUCCUGGUCCUGACUGGAAAUAUGGAAACGAAGAAGGUGGCUUGCUAGGGACGAUCAAAACCGUCUUCUCCAGUGGGGUCGUAGUUGUCGAGAGGUCAGACACGCCUGAGGAUUUAACUGAGUACAGGGUUGGUGCGGAGGGGAAGCUGGAUAUCAUAGCUGUCGAGGAAACCAAUGGUUGGAAGUAUUUCAACAACCAUUUACCAGUUUUAGACACUCGUGAUGAAAGCGAUACAGUCCGGUUGUUGUUAGGAGACAAAGUUCGCGUGGAUGUUACUCUUGAAGAGUUUCGGCGAGUCCAGAACCAGUCGGAGAGUUCAGAUUGGGCAGACGACAUGAGUCAGUGCUUGACAGAAAUGGGGACAGUGGUUGGGAUGGAGGAUGGAGAGCCGUGGGUACACGUUCAAUACCAAGAUUCCAAGCGUUGGAAACUAAUGAAAAGCCUUUUGACACUGGUGCACUCGUUCUCUGUGGGAGAAAAGGUAGAAAUAAUCUCAGAUGUCGACCUUGCUAUGAUUCUUCAGUUUGGACACGGCAGCUGGAGUGUUGAGAUGAAGGAGGCCCUUGGCAAGACGGGAAUAAUUGAGUGGAUUGACUCUGACAGAGAUCUGAAAGUGGUUAUAGGCGAUCGAGCGUGGAUCUUCAGUCCCGUGUGCUGUUCUCCCGUAAACAGACGAGCAAGAAUUUCGAGUCCGGCAUCUGUGUCCAGUUCCACCAGUGAUUCUGACAUGUCGUCUGGUCUUAGCUCUGGAACAGUGUCCUCGAGCUAUUCAGGGCUCGAUGAAUCUUUGUAUCGGUUACUGGUGGACUUGAGUACUAGAACACAGGUGAAAUUCAUCAAGGCUGCAGCAAGCGGUGACGUGAACACUGUCAGAGAACUGGCGAAGUCCAGAGACGUUCAGAAAGACGUUAAGGAGCAGGGAAUGGCCGCUAUACACGUGGCCUGUCUCAAGGGACACCUGGAGGUAGUGGAGACACUGUUUGACUUGUUUGUCGAUAUUGACCUGCGAGACAAUGACGACGAUACGCCGUUACAUUGUGCAGCAUUUGGGAACCACGUGAGCAUUGCGACGAUGUUGUUGCAAAACGGCGUGCAGAAAAACUCCAAGAAUACACAAAUGUUGACGCCAUUACAUGUUGCUGUACAGAGAAAAAAUGUUGACUGUGUUAAACUUCUUAUAGAGUCGGGGUGUGAUCCAAAUACACAGGACAAAGAUGGCGACACGCCGCUUCAUGACGCAAUCAGAGAUGGUGACAGUGACGUCAUUAAGUGUUUUGAAAGCUGUCGCACACUUAACCUGAAAAUCUUCAACACGGACGGAUUGAAUGCAUUCCAUGUCGCCUGCUCGGCAAUGUCGGGCAAAACUGAGUUUGUUUCAUUCCUAAUGACACAGGAUCGCGCAAUAGCAAACAUUCCGACCAGAGUGGGGCAGUUUUACCCAAUACACACAGCCGCUUUGAAUGGAUAUACCAAUAUGGUCGCCACAUUAAUAAAUGAUGGGUCGGCUGAUGUCAACGCUAGAACGGAACGACUCCAAACAGCCCUGCACAUGGCGGUGAUGUCAUGCAACCUACAGAUUGUCGAAAAUCUUUGGGUAAAAGGGACAGAUGUGAAUGCGCAGGAUCACAAAGGUAACACACCACUACACGUUGCGAUGAUGGAAGAGCGGACCGACGCUACGAUGGAAGAUCCACGUAAAGACGCAGAUAAUGAUACCUAUGAAAUAAAAUGCUUUCUAGUAGAACAUGGCGCCAAACUGGAUAUCAAGAAUCACGAUGACAAAACACCUCUCGAUAUGCUACAGAGCAAGGAAGCAAAGGUGUUAUUAAAACGGAUUGCCAAGACACGUCGACAGUCCUCAGAGGCGGUGCAGUGUGAGCGACUUCCGGCCUACUGGGACGCCAUGACGGAUGAUAACGAGGUGAAAGUUGUCUCCCUGCCCGAACAUUCGGAGGAAUUCAAAAUGGUGGAGAAAAACAUGAAACUGUCGCUGACGAACCCCACGAUUGUCAGUAUAAAGCGAAUACAGAACGUUUCCAUGUGGCGCCAGUAUGCACUCCGCAAAGAAAACAUGGAAAGGGAGUACGGAACUGGUUUAGCCAACGAAAUGACUCUCUUCCACGGAACCACUGAAGAUGCAGCAACAAAGAUUCCAUACCAGAAUAUCGACUUCCGGUUAGCUGGGUCCCGAGUCGGCGCCAUUUUCGGGCGCGGGGCAUAUUUUGCCGUUGAUGCCAAAAUGUCAGAUACAUACGCGAAACCCAGUCAGAACAAUCACAAGUUCAUGUUCCUGGCGAAGGUGCUGCUGGGAAAGUAUAAGAAAGGAAGUGGUGACAUGCAGAAGCCGCCGAUUGUUGAUUCGUCGAAUGCACUCAAGCAUGCGGAUUCAACUGUCGACAACGAAGAAGGUCCCCGAAUAUUUGUUCUGUAUAGUGAGACGCAGAUUUACCCUGAACAUCAAAUCGAGUACAAAUAAUAUUACCAUACUAGCAGGAACAGAAAAUAUCAUUUGCUUGUGCUUAUAUAUCCAGUGAAGGUUCAGGCACGUCUAUCCUAUGUACUUCGCCAACAACGGUUAUGUCUGGGACAUGAUUGCGUAAUCGUUAGAGACAGGGGAGGGGUGGGGCAACUGCCCCCCCCCCCCCCCCCACGUCCCCACGGCUGGAGCAAAUCCUCAAAUUCUGGCAAAAACGAUAGAGAUAUUUGGACAAAUUGAGCUUGUCUAAAACUUUUUCACCGUGUAGUUCCAUCAUGCUACCCACAAUAUUAAUUGUAAUCUAUGUUAAAAUGUGUAAUGAUUGGUUUGCAACCCUAUAUAACAUUUUGGAAGCAUUAUUAAUAUGAAUAAAUAUCGUCAUUCAUUUCAUUUUAUGUCAAC